CCUUUACUCUCCCUCUCUCUCUCUCUCUCUCUCUCUCGCCGAGGCUCGGCGGCUCCUCCCGGGCUUCUGCUCUCCUUCUGGGAUCCCUCACGAUGAAAAGAUGGUCCCUUCACUGCUGAGCUGCUCUGAAGCCGCAUAGAAAAGAGCCUCUGAGUAUGAAAGACCAACCAAGUCUCAGCAGACUGGCUGACUGAUAAAUAAGACUUUAAAACCCAAAAACUCGGUGGGAGGAAUUUCAGUGCUGCGCGCUCUUCUCGCCGUUUCUGUCUCCACUGGCUGGAUUUUUUCGCUUUUUGGAUUUCCCCCCUGAAGCUCGUCCCGGAGAUCAGUUUUCACCCAGUUUCUGAGUUUUAUAUCCCCGCGUUUGUGGCCUAAAGCGCUGUUCUCAAGGAGCUUUAUCCGGGGGAUGCUGAGCUCAGUAAAGAUGGAGUGUGGUGAGGUUGGGGAGUGGAGUCUCUACAGCGAACCCAGCGAGAUGUAUUCCUCUCCAAGUGCCACAAACUCAGUGAGCGGCCUGAACAGCUACAUCAACCUGAACUCUGCUGGUUCCGGCUCGGGCAUGAACAUGGGCUAUCCUGGACCCGGACUAAGCACCAGUCCCCUGACUGGAAUGGGUGGAGCCAUCAACCACAUGAAUUUGUCUCCAGUGGGCACUUCACUGAACCCGAAUUCUCUGACCCAGCUCAGUUCUCCAGGUUCGUCUUUGGGUCCACUUUCUCACUACCAGAGCAUCUCUCAGCCCAUGUCCCAGCUCAGCUACCCAUCUCCGACCUCUCUGACCCGGCCCAAAGAGGUUCCCAAGCCUUACCGCCGCUCGCUGACCCAUGCCAAGCCUCCAUACUCCUACAUCUCCCUCAUUACCAUGGCGAUACAGCAGUCCAGCAACAAGAUGCUAACGCUAAACGAGAUCUACCAGUGGAUUAUGGACCUUUUCCCUUAUUACCGUGAGAACCAGCAGCGUUGGCAGAACUCCAUCCGCCACUCACUGUCCUUCAACGACUGCUUCGUCAAAGUGGCGCGAUCGCCCGACAAGCCCGGCAAGGGUUCCUACUGGACGCUGCACCCAAACUCAGGCAACAUGUUUGAAAACGGCUGCUACCUGCGCCGGCAGAAGAGGUUCAAGAUCGAAGACAAACCGGGCAAAAAGUCCACCAACUCUGGGAAGUCUCAAGAAGGUGGAAAUGGAAAGAACGGGCACCAAGAUGGCAUCCACGAGGAUCACAGCCCAGCGGCGGGCUCAGAUGGUGCUGAUUCUGCCCAAUCCGAUGCCUCCCACUCUGGAUCCGCCUCUGAGGAACCUCAGAGGAACCUGGUGCCUCUAGAUUGUCCUUCUCAAGCGACCAGUCUUGCGCACAGCUCCCCGCUGCCCAUUCCUUCAUCUGUGCCAACAUCAAUGCCCACCUCCAGCUCCCACCUCCACUCCCAGGGCAUGGGGGCAGGGGCUCAUUUGUUGCCCAGCCCACUGUCCAGCCCCAUGCACCAGCACCUGGACCUGCAGAAUGACCACCUGAAGUCCAUGGACCCUCACUACAACUUCAACCAUCCAUUCUCCAUCACCAACCUCAUGUCCAAUGAGCAGAAGAUGGACCUCAAGUCAUAUCAAGACCAGGUCAUGGCCUACAACAGCUAUGCUGCUUCUUCGCCCGUAGCCGCUAAACAAAUUUAUGACAGUGCUGGACCUUCAGCCAUGGACUCAGGGGCAUACUACCAGACCCUCUACAGCAGGUCUGUCCUUAACGCGUCCUAACAGGUCAGCUACAGACUGAAACCGAGCUGGUUUUAUUCAAAUGAACGCUCUAAAAACUCUAGAACUCCUUAAGAGAGCUUCUUCUGGAACAGAAGUCCUAGUCCUGGAGCACGUUGUGAUGCUUUUCCUGCUCUAAUGCACCUGAUCCAACUAAUUAGCCCUUCCUGAGCUGGAGUUGGUGUGUUGGAGCAGGAAAACAAUAACAUGUGGAAAUGUUGACCUCUAGAAAUGCUCUACAAUCUCUCUUCAACAGACUUGUCUGAGGCUCAAGAGCAAGAGCUUACUCAUGUCUUCUAGAACGUUGGUCACCAGCCCUCAUCCUAGACAUCUACCUUCUCAGUUAAGGGAAUUGGAUGUCACUUGUCCAAAAAGUCCUGAACAAGUUUAGUUUGAACACUAAUCUUCUAAACAUUAUCUCCUCUGCAUUCUUGGGAACUUGUUGUGAGGGUUUUGGGUUGAAACCAUAUUUUGCAAAGAAAGCAGACGUCAAGAAGCUGGGGUUGGUGACCUCCAGAAACUCUUGGAAAAUCUUAAAACUCUCAGAAAUUCUGAUGAACUCUCUCAGCACCCUACCAGACUCAAGAGCAAACAGUUCUGCUUCUUCUAGAAGGAAAACGGCAGCUCCAUGCUGUAUUGAUCCCUCAAAGCCAAUACAGUCCGCGUACAAAGGGUGAGCAGAUGAACUUACAGAGUCAAAACAAAAACAAAACCAAAAAAAAUAAUCUGUUUUAGUGACCUUUUCACCUUCUCUCAGCUUCAGGAACAGGACUUUCUGGACGUGGGACAUUUCAUUUAUCCAAAAUGUGUACUAUGUAUGUGUAUAUACUGACCGUGGCGUGGGAGGAACAGGGAGUUAAGUGUUUAUUUAUGAAGGGAAGAAAUUAAUAUAUCUUUUUUGGAGUUUUCGUGUUUGUACUGGUAAUGGAGUCGAGUGUGUGAGUUGAGGUUACUGCAGUAAACGCCCACAGUUGCUGCGUUACAGGGAAACCCGCCUUGUGUUACAGCGUGAGCUGCGAUUCCUGUUAUAAAGUCCGCAAAAACUAUGCACACGCAGCGUAGUGUGGGCAGUGCGGUUGCGACAUGCAUCUUGGUUUAACCCUUUAAACUGUGCAGGUUUUUGUUUUUAAGGCUUAUUAUUCAGUAACUACAAUUAAAUAUAUAUUUAUAUAAAGAAAAGAGGCCCAACACAUGGGGUUUUUGCAGUUUAAAAAUGAGCUUUUAAUUUAUGUCAAAGCCAUAAACAAGGACAUUUUCGGUGUUUUCGUCCAGUUCAGAAAACAAAGUGGACUAAACUGUGGUAAACGUAAACGUUUUUUGGUCAGAAUGGCUUUUUUUAGUUAUCUGACCCGAAUCUCAAUGCUCAAAGUUUGUUUUUGCUCUGUUUUAGUUUGUAUGCCAGUAAAGCUGUAUUGGUCACUAAAAGCAGGAGCAGUUAAGGCCAUUUACACACAGUACUUUGCACUAGUGACCCCUCUGUUUUACCCCGGGGGUGGGUUUUAAAGAGGGGGUUUUUCAAUGACUUUUGUUACUACAGUGCCUUGUAACUACCUUAUUGUACACUAAAUGUCUGUAUUCACUUUUUCGGUUUCGUUUUUAUUUCUUUACUGACGCGAAAAUAAUAUCUCACCUAUAAAAGGCCAGGUUUCUUCAUUAUGGAGGAAAAAGCAACAGUUUCAGGUCAGAGUUGUGUGCUAUUCUGUUUAGUGUUUAUUUAAACCUUCCUUUCUGCUUUCAGUCAAAAAAAAAGACAAAAAGAAGUGCAUUAAUAUAAUAUAUAUCGCUAUGUAAGGUUGAUUUUAUGGUGUGCAUGUCAUGAUGAUGUGGAUGUUAUGUCUUUUUUCUUAUUAAAAAAAACUAAACUGAA